AGGCGCCGGUUUACAUACAUAAACUAGAAACGGGAGAGAAAGAAAAAAAAUCACAACCCGAAUCGAAAUACGGAACGACAUACACAGAACUCGCACUGUAAAAAUCUCAGUACGAAAUCAGUAAGCAGUGUACAGAUACAGCGUGAACACACACAAAAUACAACGCGCCACGCACUUCGAAUCAAAAAGUAAUAUUUUUCGUAUCAAACGUCAAACCAACGAGCAAAAAUAAAAGCCAGCCGAAUUUUUGAAAACGAAAAAUAAAAACGAAGGGAAAAAGCGCUCAAGAACGAAAGAAAACCCAAUAUAAACGAACGGAAAUAAAAUAGAAAAAAAUAAAUAAAAGGAAAACACGAAAAAAAAUAAAUCAAAAAGAGACCAAAGGCAGAGAAGAAUAGACAACCGACAAAAAAAAAUAUAAAACAGAAAAGACAUUCAUAAAAUACACACACAGGACAUUGAGCAGAAGAAGUGGAAGCAAAUCCAAGAGUAAAAUCGCACGAACAUCUAAAAUCCCUAAAGUAAAUUUUUGCUUGCACUCACGACACUCACUCUCGGUCGGAUGUUCAUCAUUCUGUUCCGACGAUUUAGUUUAGUUUGUAUGUAAAACACGAACAAGUAACACAUAUUAUUGGAACGAAUAGAGUGAGAGCGAGCGAUUAAAGCAACGAGCGCGAGCUUUAAAUGUUCUGAACAGACACGAAAGCAUUCACUCAUUCGGAUCGUAUGUAGUGUUGUUGUGCAAGCAACGGAUUUUCGUUUAUCGGUUUUGAAAAUGGUUUAAUUUCAUUUUCACGUUUCGUUUACCUUGUUGAAUAUGUAUAUAAUGCACAUACAAUUCGCAACCGUUUUGCCAUAAUAUACAUACACAUCCACACAUUGAUUGUCGGUUUCGAUGGUUUUUGAUUAUUGAACAUUGCUUGCAUCUUGUUAAUGUGACACUUUUAUCAAAACAGUUUAUUAUUGGGUGUUUUAACCGUUUAUGCGCCGCGUGCGAAACAUAAACACACGAGUAAAAACCUAAAAAAAAAUUCCCGAGUGUUGUGCAUUUGUUCUGGUUUUUCGACGAGAAGCAGAUAACAUUUUUUUCCAUAUCGUUGUUCAGUCGGAAAAAAAGAAAAAAAAGAAAGCCAAACCGCAGGAGAGAAAGAUUGAUCUAAUGGACGAUACGCGCGAUUGACGACGGUGAACACGCAAUAAUAUAUUUAUAUACAAACGUACAAGCGGCAAAUACAUUUCGUGGAUGAUUUUAUUUAUAAAAUUAUUGUAUUAAUUUUUCGGUUUAUUACGCCCAUUUUACGCACGCUCCACGACACUCUGACGGUAACAACGGUCGUAUUGGUGUCGAUGUUAUUGUAGGUGGUGGUGACAAAAAAGUGUCACGUAAAAUUAAGCGAUUGAUAUAAAGUGAAUAUGUCGAACGAUUGUAACUGCAGUUAAUCAUGAAAUGUAAACGAUUAAUUUUGCUGUACCGAAUGAUUGUUUCAACAACAACGACAACGUAAAGCUCAUCACGAUCGCGCGACAAAAGUUGGCUUGAAAAGUCCACGCAAAGCAAAUAAUAAUUUAAUAUGGUGUUUUGACGCGAUUUUCAUACAACAGUACACGCAAACAAUAACAACACAUACACAUAGCCAACUAAAAUACAUAUGGCGCCAUUUCUGUGAUCAAUCUACGUAUUAAAUCGUUUAUAACAAUAUUUUAUGUACAUGUGUAAUUAUUGUGAUUUAUAUCAAUUGUUUUCGCAUUUUUUUCGCGUUCCAAGACAUUUAUUCCCGAAUUUUUCCCCCGAUUUCUGUGAAUAUUGUGUGCGAAUAAAUUAAACGGUGGCAGUUUUCGACGACAAAUCAAAAAAAAAGAAGAAAGAGCUAUAAAAAAAAGUUUUAAUUUUUCGUUCGAUUUCAAACGAACAACGUUCAAAUCGGAUACGAUUAAUCUUAUUACUUGAAAAAGUAGAAAAAAAAUCAAUGUCAUUCGACUGUUUUAAUUGAAAAAGAGUCGAAAUAAAAAUCACAGACGGUUUUUUUGAAACAAGGACAUACAAUACAAAGAAUUAAAACAAAAGAAAAUAAAAAUCGCGAGCGACGAUAUCAAAUCGAAAAAGGAAAAAAAAAAUAUUCUUCAUCAUCUUAAUCAAAUGAUUCAUCAUAAAAGCGAAACAGAAAACAUGCUAAGCUCAUUGGAUACGCUUGCCGAAAAAAUAUCACCUGGUUCAGGUAAAAAUAGCCCGAAUCAACAGUCAAACGAUGCAUUAGGUACAACGACGACAAUCACAUCCAGUUCCACAAGCAUCGGCCAACGAACACAUUUCAGCCAAAGCAUACAUCCCUAUCAGAAAUUGGAGCAGAAUAACAACAACAGCAGCAACAACAACAACAACAACAACAACAAUAACAAUCACAACAACAACAACAACAAUAACCAUAAUAGCAACUUAGUUCGCGAACUGAACAACCACAACAGUUGUAGCACCAGUCCCACGAUUAAUAUUAACAAUGCCGUUUCUGCAGCCGCCAUCAACAACAAUAACAAUAACAAUGUUUUGAAUAACAAUAACUUGAAUGGUUCACCGGAAGGGCUGUGCGCGAAUCGCUGCGAACAACCGGAUCCUGACUUUAUAAAAAUGUUUGUUGGCCAGGUGCCGAAAUCAAUGGACGAGGAUCAAUUACGUGAAAUGUUCGAGGAAUUUGGUCGUGUGCAUUCGAUAAAUGUACUACGGGACAAAGUAACUGGUGUCAGUAAAGGGUGUUGUUUUGUGACGUUCUUUACUCGAAAGGCAGCUCUAAAUGCACAAGAUGCACUGCACAAUGUUAAAACACUGGCCGGGAUGCAUCAUCCGAUUCAAAUGAAGCCAGCCGAUAGCGAAAACAGAAAUGAGCGUAAGCUGUUCGUUGGUAUGCUGAAUAAAAAAUUGAACGAGGCCGAUGUGCGCAAAUUGUUCGAGAAACAUGGCCCGAUUGAAGAAUGCACGGUCUUACGUGAUCAAAAUGCACAAAGUAAAGGAUGUGCAUUCGUAACGUUCUCAUCGAAGCAGGCAGCUAUUGGCGCGAUUAAGGGUUUACAUCAGUCGCAUACAAUGGACGGUUGCAGUGCACCGAUCGUCGUCAAAUUUGCCGAUACACAAAAGGAAAAGGAACAAAAGAAGAUGCAGCAAAUGCAGGCAAAUCUAUGGAAUUUAGCUGCAGCUAAUAUGAAUAUUGGUUCGACGACAGCACCAUCCACACCAUCAAUACUACCAAAUCCGCCACAGCAAUCCAGCCCAAUUCUAGCUGCUACCGAAUCAAUAUCACCAGCUUCAUUGCAUCUAUUGCAACAAUUGCAGGCAGUUGGUUUGCAACAACAAAUUCUACAAGGUUUAAAUACACAAUCGGCUGAAUCAACCGCAGCAGCUGCAGCCGCUGGACUCUUACCACCGAUGAACAUACAAAGUUUAGCAGCUUUAGCAGCAAUGACUCAACCAUCAAUUCCGGCCGCUACCACCCAGCCCAGUGCACCACUCACAAAUGCAGCUACGCUAUUAUGUCUGCUAGGAAAAUCGGCCAAUCCAGGGACCGAUCCAAAUUUGGCAGCCGCAUACGUAUCAGCCGGUCUGCCACAAUUUGCAACAUCAGCAUUGUCAACGCAGUCUGCACUUGGUAAUGUGGCUCUACAAUCCGCCGCUGGCAAUGUACCCAUUGGCAAACAAAUAGAAGAUGCUGCAAAUCUUUUUAUUUAUCAUUUGCCACAAGAGUUCACCGAUACGGAUUUGGCAUCGACGUUUUUGCCAUUUGGUACGGUGAUUUCGGCCAAAGUGUUCAUCGACAAGCAAACGAAUUUGUCCAAAUGUUUUGGUUUUGUUUCAUAUGAUAAUCAUGAAUCGGCACAGGCGGCUAUCAAAGCAAUGCAUGGUUUUCAAAUUGGAACGAAACGACUGAAAGUGCAAUUGAAAAAACCAAAAGAUGCCUCGAAGCCUUACUAAACGAAGCGAAAAGUAGCUGUCGCAUUCACUGGGCGCGCUCGUUUAAUCGGUGCUCGCCAAUCACCUAGCUAGUGAUGAUGAUGAUGAAAAAUUGAAGAGAAUGAAAUCAUUGUUAAAGCAAAUAACAAACACACACACAAAACCCCGAGAUUUACAACAAACAAAUACUUAUACAUACACCGAAGCUAUCCGCAAAAACCAAAUCAACACACAAUGGUCGCGUCACCAUUAAGAAAAAAAAAUCAACAACAACAUACACACAUAGCCUCACCCGCUAACAAACGCAACGCAAUUUUCUUUUUACUUAUAUUUGCUUUAUGUUCAUCUUCUUCUUCACAUUUUUAAUUUUCCAUAGAUUGCGUUCAGAAAAACCACAUAUUUUUCUUUCUUCUUCGUUGCUUCUUAUGUAGUAUUUCGAUGAUACAAGCGAAUUACGUCGAUUUCACACUUUACAAAUUUUUCUGGUUAUUUGGAGAAAUGCUUUUGAACUUUUAUUUCCGAAACCGUUUUUUUUCCUCUUUAUUAUUAUAUUUUGCUCUUUUUUUUUAUUGCGGUUGAUAUAUCUAUAUAAAUAUAUAUAUAUAUAAAAAAAUAUAUAUAUAUAUAUAUAUAUAUUUGAAAUGGAUGCGAUACAUCUGUUGAAAUGAAGAAAAAGGAAAUUAGAAUUUGAAUUUAUGUACUUAUUUUAUGAUUUAUAAAUAACCGCCGCCGUUGUCGCAAUCAUCCUCUCACACACACCGAUGAGCAUAUUUAUGUAUGUGUAUGAUGAACUGUCAAUCGAUUGAUAUAACAUUCCGAUUCGGCCGAUUUUCGGGUGAGAGUUCAGGUGGAACAUUGAACCGAAAAUUUAAAACUAAAGAAAAAAAAAACAAGUGAAAGAUAUAAGGUACAGAAUUAAGGAAUUAAGAAAGAUUGAAAAUCAAUUAAAUAUUAAUCAAUAUACAGUUUAAGUAUAUUAAAACGUGUGUGUUUUUUUAUUCUGAAUGGAAAAACAUGUACGUAUAUUCGGUUUGACCACGUGACAAAUGAAUGUCAGAAACAGCGUGAAUCAACCGAAUGACAACCAGUUGUUUGUCAAUCACAAACGCAAAAAUCUUUAAACGUAGAUAGAUCAUUUCAUACAAAUAAUUCAAUAAUAAACGGAAAAAAAAUUCGCUAGUAAAAUGGAGAACACAAAAAAAAUCUGAACUAAAAGAAAAAAAACCAGUAAUUUAAUGUAAAUUAUAAGGAAAAAAAAGACAGAAUUUUAAAGUCGAUGAUAAAAUGCGCACGUGUCGAGAUUUAUUUUUUGCUCUAGAAAAAAUUCUUCAAUAGAAAUCGAAUUGUGUUCGAACCACGCAACACAUACACAAAAGAAAACACUUCUAUUACACCGUGUGAGUGUGAUGGAAAAUAAGAAGAAGAUAAAUUGUAAAUGUUCGAAAAAUAGGCAAAAGUAAAUCGAAAAUCGACUCGUGUCACGCAUUUAGGUUAUAGUUUAAUUACUAGGUGAUUUGAAUGAAUAAAUGAAAAGAAAGUGAAGAGAAAAAAAAAUACAAAUGAAACAAAUUGUUUCAAACAAUGUCGAUAAAAUAUGAAACAUAAGUCGAUAACAUAAAGAAAAAGAGAAAAAAAAAUGAAAAAAAAAAAAAUUGAAACAAAAUGUCGAUAUUUUACUGCGUAAUUCAUUUUUUUACGAAUUAUAACAACAACUACAACCACACACAAAAAAAAGAACGUAAAUAAUUAUAAUUAUUAUUGUAAACAAUUACAAACCGAAACAGCCGAAAAACGAAACACAAAUUUUGAAUCGAAAUUCAUGAAAAUUGUAUGAAAUUCCAGUUCAUAUUCCACGGAGACUAGAUGCCAAAUCACACAUAAACACACAUAUUCUCACAUGCACGCAAUAAUAAUAUAUAUCUAUAUUAUAUAUAAAAUUGAUAACGACACAUGAAAGUUGAGUAAAUUGAAUUUUUCGGAUUUUGAUCUGAUUUAAAUCUGUGCGCUGCGCGCAAUGCAGUCACACCGUCUAUCUUUUUAUCUAUCUUUCACUCUCUCACACAAACACGCACACUUACAUAUAUAUACAUACACACCAAAAUUCCCUCAUUCUCUUUCUCUGUCUGUAUAUAUAAAAAUGUGUUUAUAUAAUGCGUGUUUACACAAAAUCCCAAUCAAACUGAUGGGACAAUUCAAAAUCAAACGAAGAACGAAACAAACGAAUGAACGAAAGCCCGGAAACAUGCUCAAGGCUGAAAUGUGAUUUGUCAUCUGGCAUUCGAGGGAUUUAUUUAUACAUAGAAGAAGAAGAAAAAGAACUCACAGUAAAUAAAAACAGACAAAAUUAAUGAUUGUAAAGAGUACAGAAUAGCAACCAACAACAGGCACAAACAAACAAACAAGAAAAAAUCAUCAAACCAAACAAACACAUUUAAUUAAGUUUUGAUGAAGUGCAGUGAAAAGCAUAUUGUUAGAUAACAGAAAAGUCAGAAUUUUCAAUUAUUGUUAUACUUUUACUUGAUUUAAUUUUUUUUUCGCCACCUCACAACCCAAUCAAUUCGAUAUAACUGUGUAUUUUAUCGAAGUGUACAAUUAUCCUUUUUUUAUACAAUAAAUUGUUUGAUUCUCUUUUUUUCUCUUGUUAAAA